AUGAAUUGGGCGUUUGAUCCUAAAGUGUUUUGCGACCAAGUGGGCAUGCCGGAAGCCUACUAUCAGACGGACGAUGGUUCAAUUCCCGUGCGGGUCCUUCUAUGGACGGUAGCAUUCGGUUACGCGUAUUCGAACAUGCUCUUGAUACCGGAAUCGACACCGGAAUCGACACCGGAAUCGACACCGGAAUCUACACCGGAAUCGACACCGGAAUCGACACCGGAAUUGACAUCGGAAUCGAGGGUCUCCGUCAGUGUUGGACAAACUGUUUCUUGGAAGUUCAUUCUCGCUGGCCAUUGCUUUAUCUCUCACAAAAUGCAGUCUCAAGAGCAACUCCAGAAUACAAACCUCAGCUACUGGCUUGGAUCGGUAUUCCCCCAUUUACAAUCAUCCUUGAUGAGAUACGCUUGCCAGCCCGCCCCCCCAAUAGUCGAGGAAGAUCCCACCCGUGAUGACUACACCCGUGAUGACUAUACCCGUGAUGACUACACCCGUGAUGACUACACCCGUGAUGACUCCACCCGUGAUGACCCCACCGGUGGUCAUCUCACCCCGUAUCAGUGGCAUGAAUUCUGUCUUGCGUACUCUGCGAGCGCCCCCGCAGCACCAGCAAACGUCUCAGCCCGUGAGCUGCAGUCCCUGUUGGCGUCGGUGUCGGAGGCCACCGACCUCCCCGAUGGCUACUCCCCAGUUACCACGGCUACUCCCCGGCGGACGGCAUUGGAAUCCCCAAGAGAUGUGGUUUUUUGUGAUGAUGUCAGGUCUUGUAGACCUCCAGAUCAAGGCCACCCGGGAGCACCCAUCCAUGCGCAUAACCAUGCACAGGACACAGAAGUUGCACAGGAAGGUGGGGUCAGAGUUGCGACCAACCCUGUUCAGGAACUCCGACGUAUCUUCUCAGUAUAUCGGGACCAUAUGGAGUUAUACCCGAACGAAAAGAAGUGUGUGGAGGAAGUGGAGGCUCUGUAUGGUGAGAUAGGGAUACUGAAGAACGCUUGGACAUCCGGGGAACGUGUAGGCCGGCUGCCUCCUCUUGACCUCGCGAAACCGGUAACCUAUACUGGCCUGAAGGGGCAGGGUUUGACGGGGCGAGACCGAACGAAGCAUGACUUGACUGGCAGGGUUGACUUGCAGCUGAUCGAGAUCUCAGCUGAUCGACUCGCUUUCGAAAGGUGUGUUGAUCAGACUGCCGAGGCGCAUGCCCACAACGUCGGUCUGAAGCUGAGUAGCUUAUGCUGCGCAGUGGGAUUGCUUCGGGCCGCACAGGCGAAGGAUGGCGGGUCUGCAGGUCUUCGGGUCCAGUCUAUGAGCGGGUCUAUUCCCGAGGAAUUUAUUCCUGUGGAAACUAACCCCAUCAUGGGGUCUAACCCCAUCAUGGGGUCUAACCCCAUCGUGGGGUCUAACCUCAUCAUCCCUGAGAAGUGUGUGAGUAAGAUUACGGGUCAACUGCGGGAUGUGAAAGUAUGCACGUCAGUAUUGGAUCAGUAUGUUGAUUUCAUUGGUGAGAUUGUGGACUUUAAUGUUAGUGUGAUGGAGAGGUUUCUGGAAUCCUAUGUGCCGGCCCAAUGUGCAAAGCAUGAUGGCCAGAUCCUGGAACACUUGAGUCAUUGCGUGCGGUUGGUAAAUUGUUGGUUCACAUGUGGCUAUUUGAAACAAGAGGAGACGGCCCGGGCUUUUCGUUUGGCAUCGUGGCUAGUGAGUGUGGUGAGUGGCUUUGCCACGAACCCAGGAGUGCUUGAAUCCCUCAAAUGUCUUGUAGGAAACGCCCUGAAGUUCCUCAUUCCGUGGACGCACCGUUUCAUUGGCAUACUUUUUACGGAGACCGAACACCAAAACAAGGAGCAAGAGGACAAGCGAGAAGAGGAUUUAUAUGUUUCGAGCACAAGAGGCACCCUGUCUACUGCCCGAGGAAUCGCAAAAUCUGCGACGAGGGCGAAGAGCAAAGCUGCUGCAGGCAAAGCUGCUGCAGGCAAAGCCGCUGCAGGCAAAUCAUCCUCUGCAGGUAAAGCGGUUGUAGGCAAGCCCUCGGUAACGACGACCAAAUUAUCAGGUAGUGCUAAACGUUCAGCGCGGGGUAGACCUCUUAUCGUGGCUGAAGAUGAAUCGGCGGGAGAUGAGCCGAUGGGAGAAAACAUUUAUGACAUACUCGAGGACAUAGUUACCCGUCAGGCAUCUCAGUGGCCAUACAGUUGCCUGCAAGAACUGUUACCAUACCGAGCGGCUCGUAACGUGCGGCUGGACAGAAUAAUUGACAAGGUGGAUGCUCAAUCGAGAGAAGCCGUGGAGCUUGGUUGGCAAUUUUUCAAGUGCCUGAUACGAAACAAGGCUCUAAAACACAUUGACCAAAAUUUGAGCGAAUACCAAGCUGUAGUGAAAAAUGGUUGCUGUCCCAUUUUCACAGCGGUCUCUCUGUUUAACGCCCCACGACAUGUAGGAUCACGAUAUGGAUCGUCAGGACCGGUAUCGAACACGUGUGUUCGAAUAAUGAUAAAAUUUGGUUAUCCUUGCAUCCGAGCAUGUCUGACAGGUGUACGUGUAUUAAUGGGUAAGAGCCGUCCUAAAUUGAUUCGGUUGGUUGAUUUGAAGGGUAACAUUUAUCCAGUUAUAUGUAAAGGUUCAGAUGAUAUGCGUCAAGAUAAGAUCGUUCAGACAACGUUCAUGUAUAUCACUAAUGCACUGGGACAUGAUAUAAGGACGUACAACGUUGUCCCUUUAUGCUCGGAAAGUGGCUUGAUUGAGUCGAUCGGGAACUCGGAGACUUUGGCGGACGCACUGGUAGACGGAAACCCGAUUUUAUAUGGCUAUAAAUCUGUUGCUAACGAUCGGUCCAAUUUGGAGCCAAGGAAUGCAGGCGAAGCACGUUCCUGUCAUGAGUUCUUUAGUCCGACAAAUAUGAGUGUAAAAGACUGUUGUGAAAAAUUGAUGAAGGCAAAAGAUCAAGAGGAGCGUUAUACAAUUUUCACGGAACAUAUUCAACCGCAAUUCAACUGUAGUUUGGCAUACCGAUUGUUGUUAUUAUUCCCGACACACGACCAAUACAUUCGUUCCCGUGAUAACUUUAUCAAAUCGUUAGCUUCCAAUUCCGCAGUUGGACACAUCUUUGGUAUCGGUGAUCGGCAUCUCAGGAAUAUAUUACUAAAGAAAGGCACGGGCGAAUUAUGCCAUAUAGACUUUGGCUAUAUGUUUGAGAAAGGGCGAUUGCUAAAAGAACCGGAAAUAGUACCCUUUAGACUCACUCAAUCUUUCACAAAAACCAUACAAGUUGAUACUCUAGUACCUAUCAUGGCAAAGAUCAUAGAACUUCUUAGACGGUACAGAAAUGAUCUUAUAUCCACCACAUCAAUCUUUGCUAAGGAUGCCAUGGAAUUUAACGUCUCUUCUAACUCAGCCAACCCUUUGCUACACAACGAAACGUCCUGGGUCAGACCACCCAACGCUGGACCACCCCCACCCAACGCUGGACCACCCAACGCUGGACCACCCAACGCUGGACCACCCAACGCUGGUAAGACCUACUCGAAAACUACCAAGAUACUCCUUGCCAGAAUUAAACAUAAAUUACAUGGUCUGGAAUACACCUACUCCUCACUUCAUAAUUUCUCUUUAAAACCACCCACCCAACAGGAACUUAACUGCAUACCUCAAGUCCUACCCGGCGGGGGACUUAACCCCAUACAACAGGCUACCCUAAUUUGCAGACUGGCAUCGCACCCUCAACUCCUCUCUCAAAUGUUCGUGGGAUGGGCACCCUGGGUCUAG